GGGGCCAGCGUCGGCGCGGCGGCGUCGGAGCAGGCGGGCGUCGACCCAGCGCGGCGCAAGCUGUGUCUGCCUCGAGUUGCACAUCGCGCCGCUCGGGCCCUUUUUUUGGCGGCCCCUUGCGGCCCCGACCCGCGCCGGCCGUACAGCCGGAUAGGCGUGUGUACAGUGCCGCGUGUGUGACGCACAUGAUCGCCCACGCAGCCCCGCAACUGUCCGCCCCCGCCACCGACAGCGCCGCUCCGUGCUUUAUCGCCACAGGUCCACAACUGAAUGGGAAAAUUCCGAGUACGUCAAGUUACCCGGAGAUUAUCCAGAAGGCUCGAGAUGCAUUUCAAUCUGGUCGUACACGUGAUGUUACUUUUCGAGAGCAACAGUUGAAAAAACUUCUCAGGCUCUAUGAAGAAAACACUGAUGCUAUGAUAGCUGCAUUAGCCGCAGAUUUGCGCAAGAGUAAGCAAGAAUCGGUGCUAUUUGAAAUUGAGUUUUUGAAAAAUGAUAUAAAACAUACAUUGUUGAAUCUUCGUGAGUGGGUUAAGCCUGAAAAGCCACCUAAAGGCAUUGUAAAUCUAAUGGAUGAAGUUCUCAUUCAUCAUGAUCCCUUUGGAGUUGUUCUCAUAAUGGGAGCAUGGAACUACCCCUUGCAGCUUGCUCUUCUACCAGUUGCUGGUGCUAUUGCUGCAGGAAACUGUGUUAUUCUGAAGCCUUCUGAAGUGUCAGAAGCGUGUGCAAAUUUAAUGGCAGAACUCAUUCCUAAAUAUCUUGAUCAGGAUUGUUAUCAUGUAGUUCAAGGAGGAAUUCCUGAAACUACAGAACUAUUGAAAGAACGUUUUGAUUAUAUUUUCUAUACUGGCUCGACUAAUGUUGGUAAAAUUGUAAGAGCAGCUGCAAAUGAACAUUUAACACCUGUUACUUUGGAACUUGGUGGAAAGAGUCCAGUCUACAUCGAUGACACUGUUAACAUGGAUAUUGCUGUAAGACGUAUUCUAUGGGGGAAAUGCAUAAAUGCUGGCCAAACGUGCAUUGCUCCUGACUACAUUCUGUGCUCAAAAAACGUAGAGCAGGAAAUUGUAUCUCGAGCAAAACAAGUUUUCAGAGAGUGGUAUGGUGAUAAUUGGAAGAACUCUCCUGACCUCUGUCGUAUUGUUACUGAUAGACAUUUCAGGAGAUUAGUUGGUUUCCUCAAUAAUGGAAAGAUUGCUGUAGGAGGAGAUACUGAUGAAUCAGAGCGAUAUAUUAGCCCAACAAUUCUUGUGGAUGUGAAACCAUCAGAUCCCAUUAUGCAGGAAGAAAUAUUUGGCCCUAUCCUGCCAGUGGUGAAUGUGGAAUCUCCAGAAGAAGCCAUCAAAUUCAUCGUUAAUCGGGAGAAACCAUUAGCUUUCUACAUCUUCUCUGAUAACUCCAACCGGAGGAAACUUCUUAUUGAGAAUGUCUCUAGUGGUGGUAUCUGCUGUAAUGAUACUCUCAUGCAUUGCGGAGUUGAUACAUUACCCUUUGGAGGUGUGGGUAACAGUGGUAUGGGUGCAUACCAUGGUGUUUACAGUUAUAAUACUUUCACCCACAAAAAGAGUUGUUUGGUGAAGAAUUAUAAUCCUCUAGGUGAAAAAAUUGCUUCGAGUCGUUAUCCUCCAUACUCAGAUAAGAAGACAACUUUCUUAGCUUCAAUGAUGAAGAAAAGACGGGGAAUUGGAUUCAGUUUGAAAUAUUUGCCUCACAUCGUAAUGUUUGGAAUUGGCGUUGCAGUUGCUGUUGGUUAUAAUCAGAUAGCUAAGGCAACUGGAGCAAAUAGUGAUUGAAGAAUUUAAUUGCCUUGAAGAGCAAUAAUGACUUGUCAGCAACAAAUAUAUAUACAUAUAUUUUGUAUGUGACACUUUGUAUGCACAGUUUUUUUUAUUUUUAAAAGAACUGUUUAAAUUGUACAACAUAAGGGUAGAAUUACACACAAAUAUUUUGUUUUGGUUUGUAUAUACACACAUAUGAUACAUCAUACAACAGAAAAUAAAAUUUUCUGUUAAUAAUGAAGCUGUAAAUAAUCAUGGCUGAUCUGUUUGUAUUAUUAGAAACUUUAAUGUUUUUAUUUGUGCUAUAAUAUUUUUUAUUUUGUUUAUAGAAUUGUAAAACAUUGUGAUGGUUUGAUUAUGAACCAGUUAUUGUUUUUUCGUUUUUGUUGCUUUAUGCAAACUGCAUAAUUGAAAUAUUUCCUUUAAUUAUGUUAAGUUGCAGCAUGUCUCAGUAUAUGUCCAAUUUUAUAUUAGGUUAUUCAAACAAGUACAUCACAAAGGGAGAUUUAUUAUUUGUGAUACAAAGUUUCAAACAUCAUAUUACGGUGCUACAUUAUAUGAAAGUGAAUAUAUGUUUAAAAUAUACAUAUUAAAUUUUUGUGUCAUCAGUUUCUUUUUUAUUUUUUGCACCCUAUAUUUAUUUAACUUGCACAACAUGAACAAUAUUUCGUAAGUGCUUGAAUUUUGAAGCAAUAUACAUGUAGAAAAGUAAAUUUCUAAUGCAAUGGGCCCAAAAGUCAAUAUUGUUCAAUAAUUACAUGAAUGAUAUAAUAAUGUUCAGUAACUAAAAUAACCCUGCAUACUUUAUUGCGAAAUGGAAACUUGAUGCUGGAAGAAUUUUUAUUUAGUUUUACGUACUAACUGAUAGCUCCCUUUUUGUCCCGGUAGUUAUUUAUGGCUCACUCCUGCUGCUGUAACCAAUAUACCUGUUCUUCCUCCCCACCUUAUCUUCUUUGCCCGCAGUGCUGGUUGCAUUUUCAUUUUAUUUUAAAUGUCACCAUCAAGGGGUGUCUGAACCAUACAGUAUUUUGUUCUCUAGAUUGUAAUAAGUAUACCAAGUUUUGUUGAAAUUUCUCAAAAUUUUAACAGUUUUGGGCUUUAAAAUGUGCAUUUUAGAAUUUGCUCUAACAACAUUUUCUUUAAAAUGGCUCCAAAUUUUCCAAUGAAAAUAUGCAUAUAAGACCAGAUAUUACCCUUCUCUAAUAUUUAGGUUGUAAUUACUAUUAGGAAUCUUUCUUAAGGCUUUGAGUGAUAGCCUAUUAUACAUAUAAGAAUAAGCAGAGGUGGGUGUUAUUUAAAUACUUGGAGAUCAAUUAUGCAUUUUAAAUACAUUUUGAAUUUGAAAAAAUGUAUUUUGGUU